AUGGAGGCAAUCUACGACCUCUUGGACUGGGCCAAGACCCAGAACAUAGUCCUGCAUGGCAUAGCGCCCCAUGCUUUCCCCGGUCGCGGUAUCGGCCUCAUCUCGACAAAGACCAUCCAGGAGGGCGAUACCAUCCUCGAGGUCCCCAUCUCCGCCAUCAAGACCCUGGACACCGUCCCCGCCGCCCUGCGCGAUGCGCUCCCCGCUCCGCCCGACACCACCGUCCAUGCCCUCCUAGCCCUGGACCUGGCCCUCGACGCUUCCACCUACCCGGCUCCCUGGCGCGCCGUUCUUCCCUCUCGCGAGGACAUCUCAACCCUCCCCCUGACAUGGGACCAGCGCCUGCAGAAGUAUCUGCCAGGGGCCGCCCGGGAACUCCUCGAAAAGCAGCAGGCCAAGUUCGCCAAGGACCUCGCCACCUGCCGGGCUGCAUUCCCGGACCUCGACCCGGAUACCUACCGUCACGCCUGGCUUCUCGUCAACUCACGAACCUUCUACCACGUCUCCCCGCGCACUGAGGGCCUCCCCAAGGAGGACCACCUCUCCCUCCAGCCCGUGGCCGAUCUCUUCAACCAUGCGUCUCAAGGUUGCUCCGUGAAGCAUCCCUUUCACAACAAACGCAACGGCCCUACGACGCACGCCCCCGCCCAACCCCAUACAACCGGCAACUACACCAUCACCGCCAACACCACCUACCCACGCGGCGUGGAAGUCCCCAUCCGCUACGGCUGCCACAACAACGACUUCCUCCUCGUCGAAUACGGCUUCAUCCUCCCCGGCGCCACCAACGAGUGGGACGAGACGAGCCUGGACGACCUCCUCGGCCCGCGCCUCGGCCGCUCCCCCAGCCGCCGCAACGCCCUCCAACACCAUGAUUUCUGGGGCGGCUACGUCCUCGACGCCCAAGACGUGUGCUUCCGCACCCAGGUCGCCGUCCGCAGCCUACUCCGCACCGAAGCCGAGUGGCUCCGCUUCGCCCUUAACGCCGUGGACAGCGAGGCUGCCCAGCGAGCCGUCAGCAGGAAACUCCGCAGCCUGCUCGAGCUCUACAACUCCGACAUUGAGGAUACCAUCGAAGCUGUCCGGGAGUUGGACUUGCAGGACGGCGUCGGCACAGCUUCCCAGAAGGAGACCCAGAAGGAGAUUCUUAUUGCGCGUUGGGAGCAGGUUCAGGCCAUGGUCAGGGCCACUAUCGCACGGUACGACGAGAACCAUGGAGCGGGAUACUAA